AUGCCAGCGACACAGUCGAACCAGACCAGUGGCCUUGCCGAGGCAGACCAAACCGCUAUCAUGGUGCAGACUGCGGAGAAACCGAGGUCAUCGAACCUGAAACCUGCCUCAGUCCGAACCGUUCACGUGAUCUUCGUCAAGACUCUCACCGGCAAGACCAUCACCCUUGAGGUGGAGAGCAGUGAUACCAUCGACAACGUUAAGGCUAAGAUUCAGGAUAAGGAGGGUAUCCCUCCUGACCAGCAGCGUCUGAUUUUCGCCGGCAAGCAGCUCGAGGACGGGCGCACUCUUGCUGACUACAACAUUCAGAAGGAGUCUACGCUUCACUUGGUGCUCCGCCUUCGUGGUGGUAUGCAGAUCUUCGUUAAGACCCUCACCGGAAAGACCAUCACGCUUGAAGUCGAAAGCAGCGACACUAUCGACAACGUGAAAGCCAAGAUUCAGGAUAAGGAGGGUAUUCCUCCUGACCAGCAGCGCCUGAUUUUCGCCGGCAAGCAGCUCGAGGACGGGAGAACCCUGGCCGACUACAACAUCCAGAAGGAGUCGACGCUGCAUCUGGUGCUCCGUCUCCGCGGUGGGAUGCAAAUUUUCGUCAAGACCCUCACCGGCAAGACUAUUACGUUGGAGGUGGAGAGCAGCGACACCAUCGAUAACGUAAAGGCUAAGAUUCAGGACAAGGAGGGUAUCCCUCCCGACCAACAGCGUCUGAUUUUCGCCGGCAAGCAGCUGGAAGAUGGGCGUACCCUUGCUGACUACAACAUACAGAAGGAGUCUACUCUGCAUCUGGUGCUCCGACUUCGUGGUGGCAUGCAAAUCUUCGUUAAGACCCUCACCGGCAAGACUAUCACGUUGGAGGUUGAGAGCAGCGACACCAUUGAUAACGUAAAGGCGAAGAUUCAGGACAAGGAGGGUAUUCCUCCUGACCAGCAGCGCCUGAUUUUCGCUGGCAAGCAGCUCGAGGACGGGAGAACCUUGGCCGACUACAACAUCCAGAAAGAGUCGACGCUGCAUCUGGUUCUCCGUCUCCGCGGUGGUAUGCAGAUCUUUGUUAAGACUCUCACUGGGAAGACCAUCACCCUUGAGGUGGAGAGCAGCGAUACCAUUGACAACGUGAAGGCGAAAAUCCAGGACAAGGAGGGCAUUCCCCCUGACCAGCAGCGUUUGAUCUUCGCCGGUAAGCAGCUGGAGGAUGGACGUACUCUCGCGGAUUACAACAUUCAGAAGGAGUCCACUCUUCACCUUGUCCUCCGCCUUCGUGGUGGACAGUAG